CUCCCCACUCCUCAUUGGACCACUCCUCUCCUCCCACCCUCCUCCUCCUGUGCAACAUCCCCUCUGCAUCCCGCAGAGCUCUCGGCAACGGGAAAACAUUCCAUACAAAAAUGGAGCUCCUGCAGACAAGGAAGGACUAAAGCGACGUGCACAGAAGGGGGGAGUCUGCUGCAGGGUGGGAUGCCCGGCAGGUGACUAUUGUAAACAAACCAGCAGCCGUGUGAUGAGCUAUGGAUCCGAAAUGGGAGAAGAGAAAAAUAACUGAGGAGAACAGAGGAUUCAACGUUUCUUGGACCAUUUCCAUUCAUUGCCAAUGCUGAAGUAUUGCCUGAAUGUUUACGCUGUGGCGAGAAGUUGUCAGUUGGAGAAAAAGUGUGAUUGCAUUACUUCUGAAGAACUUAAAGGAGAACAAAAAUAGAUUUAAGAAGUGGAUUGCAUCGCCAAACUCCACUACUGCUGCAAGUUUUGUUGCAACUCGGGAGAUAAUAAAGCGUGGAAAACUGUUCACAGAUGGCUCUCAUCACCCAGCUGAAUAAGAGGACAGUGAGAACAGCAGAAAUUUGACAGAAAGACCGCCCAACCUCAUGUCUGCCCCUACUCCAGCCAGUCGGAGGUCUACAUCAGGAUCUCGCCGAAUCAACCCUCUGAAGGCACUCCAGCCCAAACGUCGCUUGCAGCAAAUACUGGCCUCCUCGCCCGUCCCGGUCCCCGGGCCGGAGUCCGGGUCGGGCGUGGCCUCACCAGCUGCCACGGCGCCGAUAGCCAUUCCGGUGCCGGCCCCGCCUACGUUUGACUAUUGCAGGUUCAUAGAGCUAGACUACGUUCCCAUGGAGACAGGUUAUAUGGUGUCAAUGCGCCCGACUAAAGGCUAUGCAUCCACUACAAAAGGACACACUUCAACGAAGUCUCCGGACCGUUAUAGCCGUCCAACAAACUCCCCCUCUAUCCCUCGCUCCCGGCGGUCCCCUGCAGGCCCCAGUAACAGAGAUCCUUAUGGCAAUGCAUCUCUCAGUAGCAGUAGCAACUCAGGCUCUUGUAAAGGCAGUGACUGCAGUCCAACCAAGGGACGUCACCAGAAGUACAUAUCAUGUACAGACAACCAUGGUAUCAGGCCCCCACCACCAGAGCAGUACCUCACACCUCUGCAGCAGAAAGAGGUGUGUAUCCGUCACCUGCGGGCAAAGCUAAAAGAAACCAUCAACACACUGCAAAACAGGGACACAGAGAUAGAUGAGUUGAGAGAAAAGCUUUACAAAAUGCAGGAGGACUGGGUUGAGGAGGAGUGCCACCGCGUGGAGGCUCAGCUGGCCCUGAAGGAAGCACGACUGGAGAUUCAGCAACUCAAGCAGGCCGUAGACACGGUGCGCGACAGGUUGAGCAAUGCCGGGGGAGUAAGCGGGGACAUCGGGGUCCAAAAGUACUUUCAGGACAUUAACACUCAAAACCACAAGCUUGAGAACCUGUUGCUCAACAUGGAAUUAGCUCAGGUUGGAUUAGCCAAGGAGGGGGAAGCCAUAGCAGGUCGUCGGACCCGUGUUGGGGGUUCAGCGCCAGCGUCAGUGUCUGGGGAAAGUCCUGGGGUGAUUCCAAAACCAGCAAUAGGUGGAAGGGCAUCUUGUUCUUGUGAUUGUUCGCCAGCUCGUUCUCUGACCCGUAGCUCCACCUACACCAAACUGAGUGAUCAAGCAGCGAACCGAAAUGGCAUUAGUGCAGAUUUUCCUUGUCUUUCUGCUGAUGGCACGCAGGAUAGUGGCAUUGUGUGCUGUGGGGAAAGCAGCAGUGUCCCGAGCCGGGCCGACUUGCUCCUGGAAGCAGCCUUCCUUUCAGAAGAAACAGCUUCAUUGCUGAAUUCCUAUGCGCAAACAUUUUCCCGCUCAACAACCAACUCUUUACCUCACACUUACUCCCAAACCUUACCUCACUCCUUCCCUCACAACCUGUCACACUCGGUGGCCCACUCAAUGCCACACUCCGCCACCUAUGAGAAGCUGUGCUCUGGUGAACGCGUGCCAACAUUUCGUUGCGGUGUUGGUGGUGGAAGCUGUAUAAGCCACCCCUGCCUGUCACACCAUCACCUGUAUCUACAUCCUUUACGCGAAACAGGCAUUCAAACCGAGAGUUGUCCUAUCCCAGCAACAUCUGGUUGCCAGUCAGACUUGGAUACAAUUGCUGAACAACGUACUUUCCGAUCCCAAGCCUGCAGUCCAACUUCAACUUGGAUGUCUGAUGAAGAAGAUUAUGACUCAAUCACCACUACCACUUCUGUAACCAGAUCAACUGUAAUGAGCACAGCCACAGAGCCGAUUCCAUUUUCCAAAAUGCUACGGGUUAAUUCCAUACCCCGUUCUGCCACAGUGGCCUGUUCAAUGGAGAGUCCUUUGUGUGACGAUAAGGAGGGUGCAAAGGAAGACACAGAAGAAGCUGCAGUGGAAAAUCAUUGUGACGUAACAGUGGUCCAACCCACAGUAAUGCAGCAAAACACAGAGAGAGCAAAAAUGGGGAGAAACCAGGAAGAACCAAAUGUCGCACUUUGGAGUUCGGCAGAGAGAAAGGAGGGUCAAUGGACUGUAGGGGAUACAACAGUUGGGAACCCAUUUGAAACACACAAAGGUAACAACAUUCAACAAGCUGAUGGCCUGAUUCAAAUAGAACUACAAGGACUGAACCCAUUUACCCCAGAAUCCCAACAAAGCAAAGAACGACCCCACACUUCCCAGCCAAAACGAUCUGGUUCCCAUGAGGAGGGAGCUGGUGUCAUUGUUGUGGGGGAACAUGACCGUGAGGAUGAUAAGCAGUCAGAGGCUGAAGAGCAAGGUGAAGAAGCAGUAGCAGCAUUGGAGGACGACUCAACCUCUGGUUCAGGGCCGGUACAGAAAAGCUACUGGAGUCGCCACUUUCUUGUGGAUUUGCUGGCAGUGGCAAUUCCUGUAGUGCCGACAGUGGCGUGGCUGUGCCGAGGUCCGGUUCGAGAUGGACAGCCCAUGUACCACAUCGGUUCACUGCUAAGAGGCUGCUGCACUGUGGCCCUGCACUCCCUGCGCCGAGGAGGGGGGUUGAGGCAUUACCCUGCAGGCGGGGGCGACCUUAGUGGAUCUCAUAUGUGAAAAUAGGUUCUCAUAAAUUGCUUCCAUUAAGAUGUUUGACCAUCGCUAUAUGGCUUUUAUUAUAAAGAGUCUAGUGAUACAUUGAUGAUCAUCCUGCCCUCUGUCCUUCGUUAUAGAGAACUUAAGGAGGAAACCCAGGAUAACACUAAUUAAAGUGAUUGGGUUGUCCCAACCACUGGUCCAAGGAGAAAGGCUGAAUGUGUUAAUUGAACUCAUUAAUCAGUACUUGGUUUUUCAAACCUGGAUGUUUGCUUUUAAAAUGCAGGGAACACUUUAAAGGAUUGUUGCUUGGUCAACAUUACCGACUCACUGAUGACAGGAACUAGCACUUUGUUGGAUGUGUACACAAAAUACUAUCUAGUCUAUGUUCAAGGUUGUGUACCAAAUUGUCUAUUGUAAACAAACUAAAACCCAUUUAUGGAUUAACAAUCAAAACUCAUGUCUAUGUUGUCCUUAAAGUCCUUUAGGAAUUCACAUUCAUAAAUAGAAGUCAUGCAGGUCUUUUGAAUUCUAACGCCACAAGGCUGCAAUGACCUGUGAGGAGCGUCACAAACCAAAACACCAUGAAUCCAUUGAAAGGCUUUACAAAUGGUAUUGAACAAAAAUUUACAACAAGCAAUCAAGUUAAGUCGAGUUGAGUCAGGAAGAGUACAGAAUCCAGAAGGGGGUUUUCUUUCAAGAGGUGUUAUGAUGAAAAUGCUUUUCUUUAUUCUGUCCAACAUUCUUGUUUUUUUACUGAUGGACACUUCGAAGGAAUUUGUAUUGAAUUUCAAUAUCACUGAGUUAAGCCUUUCAAUCCAUAUGCUUUCUCCUGUCCAUGUGCGAUAGAAUUUAUAGGUCAUAGGCAAAGGCAUAGGGACCGUAGGAAAAAGCGUGGUAUAGCCUGAUAUGGUUGCCAGUCAACCAUUUUGCCCAAAUGCUUUCACUCGCAACUUGCACUUUCACUCAACAACUAGUUAAGUGUAUUUUACUAUGGUAUACUCUGCUGUACAGUUCUAAAACUCCUGUUGUCUUGUUCAACUGUCACUCUGGACCAUACAGUAUAUUGCAUAGCCUCUAGUCAAUAACUAGAAAAAGGCAACUUUAGAACAUGCUCUUUUUGCUAUGCAUCCUGCUAGACAUAGAAUAAAAGUAAUCUUAAACACUUAAAUAUGGUGGACCCUCGGAGGUGAAACAAUCUUAUUGUUCAGAUUUGAAAAUGUCAAUGUCAGUGUAAACAAAACAAAACAACAAAAAAAGAUAAAUAGUAAAACUUUCAAUAAACACUUUGCAAUCAUAUGUGUGUGUGCAAACUUGACCUUUUUUGCAUCUAUUCACUCUAUUGUCAUAAUUUCCAUUUACUGUUUUGGCUUAUCUUUCCUGAUACCCUUUUGAAAAGCUACACAGACACACACAAAAAGCCUUGCUCACCUAUCUGUGUUGGCAUUUUAAUGACAAAUUGUGCGUCAAUUAACCACAAAACAGUUUGGAUUCCGAGGGUCCGCUGUAGCUAAUCUCUUAAAAUUAGGAGAUUGUGGGUGCGAUUUGAUUUUCUAGAUGUGAAUGUGUUUUGUUUUGUUUUUUGUGACAAUGUAAAUAUGUAAAGAGAAACAGAGGGGAAAAGGAAACUUAAAAGCCAAAUGUUAAACAUUUUAACACAAGCAGAACAGUCUCAGACCUAUACAAAUGUAAUUUGGAGACUAAGCAACAUGAAUUUCUUUCCAUUUUGAUUUGCACUAUUGUUCACUUUAUGAAUUGUAAGAAAUUACUUGAAUUACUGCAGCUGUACGGUGUGUAUUUAUGCAGUGAAAUUGGUUGUUCUGUGCAGUUAGGUGUGGGACUUCCUCGAAAAAUAGUACAUCUAAGUAUGUUUGAUCACUUUAAAGCCUUUCACACACAAACCGGCAUCGCUGAGUGCAUGAAUAGAAGUACUGAGAUACAUCGAAUUGUCAUCAGUUCACAGAAUUGUAUUCUUUCAACUUUGUGGGAAUAGUCCGAUUCUUUCCCUAAUGAACCAAGCAAAGGCCCAUAUGGGCAUGCUUGGAUGACUGUGUAGAUCGCCACAAUCCUCCUAGUCUCUGCAAAGGGGGAAAUAACAGUUUAAAUAGCGUAUCAUGUGUCCCAGUAAUUUUGUUACAUAUAGUUGGCAUAUUGCAACACUGAUGUGUGACGCAAUGGUGGAAAAGGAGCAGUGGCUGUGAGACACUGCGUAAGAAAGGGACAAUCAUGAUCAUUCUGCAUAUCAGUGAUAUUGACAGUGUGCAAAUAAUGAAUGAACAAAUGCCCUGGAGACUGCUUAAUGUUUUCUAAGCAAAUUUGAGGGGUGGAAGAGGUAAUUGCCAUAAACCUGUAAUUAAUAUACUGUAUCCAGUCUUGAAUGGAGCCUCAGUUAAAUUUCCCAUCAUCAGUUAAAGGAGACGUAUUAUGCCUUUCCCCCCCAUAAUUUAAGUUACCACGUGAGUUCAUAGCCUAUACAUUAAGUGGUAUAAUGUUAAAAUACCCCCAAUGAUCAACACUUCAAGAUCAUUUUAAAUCUGAAUUUGUACAACUUUGUAGUAGCUCUGCUCACUUUUUAGACUUUCUGGAAGGAAGGCUCAAGGUCUCGCUUUGUUCCUUUUCUUGUUGCUCUUGGUGAAGACACUAACUAAAAUUAGUACUCCUCAGUUAUUCCUGGAAAGAUCAGAGUGAAAUUUGGUAGGUAUAUUCUAGGGAUCUAUACGCAUUGAUUCUCAGAGUCCAAUUUCUUUUGUCUCAGGGAUGAUUAAUUAGAUUGAUUAACUAAUUGUGGCUCUAUUGUUCCCUGUAGGUUCCGAGUUAGCUAGUUGAAGGCAUGCGUGUUAUUCAGGUGUGCAGACUUACAGUGCUGGUCAAAAGUAUUGGCAACCCUGCAAUUCUGUCAGAUAGUGCUCAAUUUCUCUCAGAAAAUGAUUGCAAUUACAAAUUUUUGGGUAGUAAUUUCAUUAUCAUUCUACACAAAACUCCAAAAAUGGACCGGACAAAAGUAUUGGCACCCUCAGCCUAAUACUUGUUAGCACAACCUUUAGACAAAAUAACUGCGAACAACUGCUUCCGGUAUCCAUCAUUGAGUUUCUUACAAUGCUCUGCUGGAAAUUUAGACCAUUCUUCUUUGGCCAACUGCUCCAGCUCUCUGAGAUUAAGAUAUUACGACCAAAGCAUUUGUAAUUGCAAUGAUUUUCUUUGAGAAAUUGAGCAUUAUCUGACAGAAUUGCAGCGGUGCCAAUACUUUUGGCCAGCACUGUAUUGUUGCCUGUCCAUUCAAAGUUCUCCAGUAGAGGGUUUGCACGUUCCUCAGGUGAGCUUAUUGUCAAGUUCAAAUACAAAUCCUUAGGUAGACAUUUAUAAUAUUACCCAAAAUAAGGAGAGAAGGCAAUCAAUUUAGUUGAAAAGCUGUCAAGGAGAAGGAGGAGAAACUAUACAGCUUCCGCAAUCGUUCUCCCAAGCCCCUCCUUCACCUCUCCUUUAUUUGGGAUGGCCCUAGCAACAGACGGGUGUCUUGCCCUAAACGGGAAAACGAGGAAGCAAGCUGGCGACACCCCUUGUCUUUGUUUGGCUAUGUGUAUGCAUGUAGGUGGAAUUAGAUACAUGUGUGUCAGCACAUUUCAGCAAAGCCAAGCGGCCUCUUCUACCCUUGACCAGGGAAGAGGCUUCAUCAAGAGAAAACAUUUCUUUGUGAACAAUAAUAAUAAGAAAACGCAUUUCUUCAAUGCAGGCAGCAAUUGAUUAGAGCAAAUAUAUAAUAACAACUCAAUAAUUAUCUCAUCAAAUACCUUUCAUGAAUCAAUAGCAUUUGGCAAGUAAUAAAAUGCAACAAUAUGAUUUCCUAAAUGUCCCAGACAGUUUUAGUUUCUCAAUGUCUGAGAUUUGUAUUGAAGUUGACCUGUGGAACCUAGGCCAGUUUAAACCGGUCAGAAUGACAAGGCAGUUUUAUCAAGAGCUAAACAUGUCUAUAGUUAUCAAUCACUAACAUGUCUCUUACUGCAAUCAAUCAUGAAACACACUAUUAUAGCAAUUAAUACUUUAUUGUGAGCCUUCAUUGGUAAAAGCAAAUAUUUAAUAGCCAUUUAAUAAUCAUCGUAUCAUCGUGUCUCUGAGCUGAUGAGAGGUUUAGGGAGCAAGCCGGGCAGUCGUAGUUCAUUUUGUACUUGUUUUAAUGUGAAAAUAGCUCCCUAUAAUACUAUAAUUCAUACGAACAUACAGUAAUGCCAUAAUUAAAUAUUAUUAUAAAGAAUUCAACUAUUUUUGUCACAAUAUCUCUAUCAAUGUCUGUGCCGUUGUCACCAGUAGGUGAGUAUAAGAUAAAACCACAUACAUGGUGACAGAUGAGAUGUCACAACUCCUUGCAAUAAUAUUUCUUUUGUGCAGAGGAUAAUAUGUUACUGUGAGUACUGUUACAUGAUCUAUUCACAUGUUGCUUGUGUUAAAAUGUCCUGAAGCAUUUUCCAUUAUGUGUUUCAUUGUGAUCCGUCCACAGAUAACAGGAGUAGCAAUUUUAGUUAGUAUGCUCACCAAGAACAACAACAAAGUUAUUAAGACCUUGAGCCCUCCCUCCGAGUAGUCUAAAUAUAGCAGGCGUGCGGAUAGACUAACAAGAUCCCCAUUCAUUUCAAUAGGUAGAGAUAAUUUGAGAUAUGACAGUUUUGAGGUGCAAAUAGUAAAAGAAUACACUAAACUUGUAUAUCAGUGCAUUACUGUGCAUCUUCAUUUGAAUGAUGAUGUAGUAUUGUUAGUCCACUUCCAACGUAAAAAGAAAGUAUUCACAGGUGUACUAAGAUGUGACUACAGCAAUCAACCAAUGAAUAUUAACUUAAGAUUGAUGUGUAAAAGUAAUGCCUCGCACAAAUCCAGACCUUAUGUGUGUAGGACUUGACCAGCGAAAUUUCCCCCCAAUUCUUAACCACACAACUUCAGAGGUUCCACUGCAAAUAAAUUUAUAUUAGGAAUAACAUUAAAUGUCACACUUCCACCCCUCAUAGAUAUUCCCUCUAUAACCAGCUUAACUACUCAUGUCAUGUCGGAUAUGGAUCUAAAGGAUAUUGCAACAAAAAGCCACUGUAUCAUCUUUUAUCUUCUCAAAAUGAAUGUCAUUGUGCAGGCUAAUGUUUGUUCCUUUCUGCAAUGCAGAUGUGUGCAUUUGUCAUUCGGUCCUCCGUCGCAGCGAAAGAGAAUGUAAUUCAGAUGUGUACUUCGACUGACACAGAGACAUUAUGGAGAGACCCAAGUUUGUUUGUGUUUUUGUUCUUUUUUCUUUAAAUAUACUUACUGUUCCAUUGCAAUGGUAUUGUGGGCAAUAAAAUAUUGCUGAACCAAAUAACUCAAUUUUGGUGCAUUUUAAAAUUUGUUUAAAUUCUGUGAACAUUAAAACACAAAAAUAUCAAUUUGAUUGAACAAUUAUUUUUUUAAUUUAACAAAAUACAGUCGCACUGAACCAGUGGACAUUCAAAUAUUUUUUAGCUGAGUCGACAUUUAUGUUGUCAAAUGUGUACACAUUCAGAAUUUUAAUAGGUUUAACUGUGUGGAUCAGUUGUGUUGAUCUUUGAUUUGUGUUGAAUUUUUAGUCUUUAGUUUAAUAUAAUAUUCUUUGGUUUUUGAUUUCCAUGUGAGAAAAUGCCUCAAGCAUAAAUAAAUAAUUGCAAGCAUAUCAAUCAGUCAAUUUCUUUGAAAUGCUAUGAUAAUGACAAAUGAAAUUCUUUUCUACAAGUACGGGGUAGUUCAUUAUACUUCUUGAUAGCUGUAUAUUUUUUUGUCUCUUUCAGGUAAAAAGAAAAGCCUAUUAUUUUCAUACUCGUUUUGUUAUAUUUUCGAGCUGCUUAUGUUAGUGAAAGAUAUUGUAAAGGGGUAUUGAAUAACCCCAGAACUUUUGCCAUUUAUCAUGACUGCAAAGAAAAAAAUAGUUUUUAAUCUAAUGAAACAUGGAUUAUAUGUACAGUGGUAUGAAGAAGUAUCUGAACCGUUGAAAUCAGAUCUUUGUCAAAAUCACAUAGAUGUAAAAAGUGUCAGCUUUAAGUAAAACCAUUCAGACAUUUAUAGGUUUUCAUAUUUUAAUGAUAGCAUGCAAACAAAGACAGAAGGGGGGGGAAAUAAGUACAUGAACACUCUGCUUAAGGAGACACAAAGAGGAAUUGAAACCAAUUUUUACCAAACAAUUUAUGUCAGGUGUGUGCCCAAUCACUGAUGACUGGUUUAAAGCUGCCCUGCCCACUAUGAAAUACACACACGUUAAAAAUUGUCUUGAUGAAAAGCAUUGUCUGAUGUGCAUCAUGGCUCGGUCAAAAGAGCUGUCUGAAGACCUGUGAUGAAGGAUUGUUGAUUUGUAUAAAGCUGGGAAAGGAUACAAAACCAUCUCUAAAAGUCCGAAUGUUCAUCAAUCGACAGUCAGAGAAGUUGUCUACAAAUGGGGAGAGUUUGCACUGUUGCUUCUCUCCCAAGGAGUGGCUGUACACCAAAGAUGAUGCCAAGAGUUCAGCGCAGAACAUUCAGAGGUAAAAAAGAACUCUAGAGUGUCUGCUAAAGACUUACAGAAAUCACUUGCACAAUCCAAUAGCUCUGUGCACACAUCAAGUAUAUGUAAAAUUAUGGCCAAGAUGGUGUUCACGAGAGGACUCUAUAGAGGAAGCCACUGCUGUCUAAAAAAAGUUUGCAUUGUUGCUCAUUUAAUGUUCGCAAGAAGAAACUUGGACACUCCACAGAGGUUUUGGCAAAAUAUUUUGUGGACUGAUGGAACAAAAGUUGAAUUGUUUGGGAGAGACGCACAACGUCAUGUGUGGAGAAAAAAAUGGAACAGCUCACCAACAUCACCACCUCAUCCCCACCUUGAAGCCUGGUGGAGGGAGCGUCAUGAUUUGGGGCUGUUUUUCUGCCUCAGGGCUUGGACAACUUGCAAUCAUUAAUGGAAGAAUGAUUUCAAAAGUUUAUCAGGAUGUUUGCAGGAAAACCUGAGGCCGUCUGUCAGACAGUUGGAGCUAAAGAGGAUGGAUGCUGCAAGAAGACAAUGAUCCAAAACACAGGUGUAAAUCAACUUCAGAAUAGUUUCAGAAGAACAAAAUACACAUUCUGGAGUGGCCAAAUCAACGUCCAGCGAGAACCCCAUUGAGAUGCUGUGGAAUGACCUAAAAAUGGCGAUUAAUGCCAGAUAUCCCAGGAAUCUGACUGAACUUCAGCAGUUUUGUUGAGAAUAAUGGCCCAAGAUUAAUACUGAUCGAUGUGCCAGACUGAUCUGCAGCGACAGGAAGAGUCUUUUUGCAGUUAUUGCUGCCGAAGGGGGGGCCAUGAAAUAUUAUAUAUGAUGGUUCACUUACUUAUUUCCCCCCUUCUGUCAUUGUUUGUAUAUUAUCCUCAUGACAAUAUGAAACCCUAUAAAUGGGUGGUUUUAGUUAAAGCAGACACUUAUUUCAUCUGUUUGAUUUUGACAAAGAUCAGAUCACAUUUGAUGAUUUUAUGCAGAAAUGUGAGAAAUUCCAAAAGGUUCAGAUACUUUUUUAAAACCACUGUAUACUGAUCUGAUUAAUAGUAAUUGAGCCUCAACUAAUAUUAAGUGCAUACAUUUCAAGGUAAACAUUACUGAGAACACAUAAAAAGGCAUUACUCUCUACUCUAAAAUAACGUCACCUACAAUAUUUUCCAUCCCACAAUGCACCGAAGCUCAAUCACGCAGGAGUGUGUUUUGUCAAUGUUAUAAAUGUCUGUCUUUUAAUUUGCUCAUAUUUGUUUGAUACUGUUUUUAAUGUUUGUCCAGUAUGUACAUACAGUUCCUACUACGGUAUAUCUAUGUACUGUUAUACUUUUCACAUUUUACCACUGAUGAGUCAUCCAAUGGCCUUGCAUAGAUUUUAAAGAUUAUUGGAAACGUAUGUCAACUGUAAAACGAUUUAAAUUGCAAAACUGUGUACAGUAAUACAAGUUACACAUAGGCGAUACAUUCAAAACCAAAACUUCCAGAUAUUAAACCAGCAUGGCGAAAACUGUUGUUGUAUCCUGUGUGAUCAUUAUCAAUGAGUCAGACUAACAAUCAGAUUCUUUUGAUUGUGUCCCUUUUUUUUUUUUAUGUGGCUAGAUAACUAAAAUAAUAAAGUUACAAACAAAAACAUCCGCUGAGAGGAUGUGAACAGAAGGACUGUUUAUUUGUUUUACAAUAGU